GAAGCGCCGCGCCGUGCCCCGGAAGUCGCCCGCGAGCACGGGGUUUCCCCGCGCCCCGCGCCAGCCGCUUCCUUUCCGGGCCGACAUCUUGAGGAGCAGCCCGCAGCAUGCCGCCCAAGGACGACAAGAAGAAGAAGGACGCGGGCAAGUCCGCCAAGAAGGACAAAGACCCGGUCAACAAGUCCGGCGGCAAAGCCAAAAAGAAGAAGUGGUCCAAGGGGAAAGUGAGAGACAAGUUGAACAACCUUGUCCUGUUCGAUAAGGCCACCUAUGACAAACUGUGCAAGGAAGUGCCCAACUACAAGCUCAUCACGCCUGCGGUUGUCUCAGAGAGACUGAAGAUUCGAGGCUCCCUGGCAAGGGCUGCCCUCCAGGAGCUGCUCAGCAAAGGUUUGAUCAAACUGGUGUCUAAGCACCGCGCGCAGGUGAUCUACACCAGGAACACGAAAGGUGGAGACGCGCCUGCCGCAGGGGAGGACGCGUAGCGAGGAGGUUCCCCCGCGCCCUUGUCAGCAAUGUGUCCUAUGUAGAUGCACACAAUAAAAUUAUUGAAAUAAUUUUU